AUUGUUGCAACACGGCUGCUGUAAGAAACAAUGUGCAGCAAGUUGUGUCACAUCCUCUAGUCGAAUGAGGAAGCUCCGGCCGUCGGAAUUAAAGUCUCGUUAUCUGGGCAGCAGGCUGAACGCUUCAGUUUAGGGUACGAUGCUGAAAAGAAAAACUUCAAAUGUUUCGGACAAAGAGAAAGAAAAAUAUCAGAAGCCAAAGCGCGCCAGCAGUUUGGGAUCCUUUGAUCGUUUCAGGAAACCUUCUGUAUCAAAGCCGGAACAUUUACAUGAGACCAAUGAGGCUGAGAGUCUGUGCGAAGGGGGCGCUACAGAAUACGAUAAAACAUCAAACAAUGCUGGGAGCCUGAGCAAGAAGAUGAAGGCUAUAUCACUGACAAUGAGGAAGAAGAUGGGGAAGAAAUAUAUCCAGGCUCUUUCAGAGGAUACGGACGACACUGAAGAGUUUUAUUCUCACCGAGACAGUGACCCUGAAGGCGGAUUCCCUACGGAGAAAGUGUCUCUAAAAGCGAGUGAAUCUGUGGAAAGUCUCUACAGUCUCAAUAGUGGUCAGAGUUCAUCCAGUGGUGUAACCAGCUGCUCCGAUGGCACCAACAGAGACAGUCUAAGACUAGAUGAAGACAUUUCUUACAAUGGACCUUUCUGUGGAAGAGCAAAAGUUCACACUGACUUCACCCCAAGCCCUUAUGAUGCAGAUUCAUUGAAAAUUAAGAAAGGUGACAUUAUAGACAUAAUCUGUAAAACCCCAGUGGGGAUAUGGACCGGCAUGCUGCACAAUAAGGUGGGCAAUUUCAAAUUUAUCUAUGUCGACGUAUUCUCUGAAGAGGAAAUACCACCUCGAAGGAUAAAAGCAAGAAGGAAAAGCAAAAGACCAAAGCCUAAGACUUUACAAGAACUUAUGGAAAGGCUAAAUCUGCAGGAUUACAUAUCAAGCCUACUGCUUAAUGGUUAUGAAAAGCUGGAAGACCUUAAAGAGCUGAAGGAAAGUCAUCUGCAUGAGCUUAACAUCACGAGUUCAGAGGAAAGGGCGAGGCUUCUGGCUGCUAUUGAAAACUUACAAGACUGUGAAAACGAUCAAGAGCUUGAAAAUGAAUCCGUUCCCCUGACGCUGAGCCCCGGCAAUCCUACAAAUAAAUAUGAUAUAAAUGACUUUCCAAGGGACUCCGGGUGCUACAUUUCUCUAGAGAGUUCAGAAAACGGCAAAGACGAGACGGAAGCGGAAACGUUAUGUGAAAAUGUGCAGAAAAUCACAAUUACAGAGUCGACCUAGCUGAAGCACCCAAGCCCAUUUUGAUGGUUGGAUCAGCAUCACCCAACUUAUCAUCUCUAUUCCACCAGCUGAGAACCUAGAAAACAAACCCCAAAAAGUGUUUGAUAAAGGUGUGCAUUGCUUUAAGCACAAGCCAUUUCAACAGGAAAUAAGACAUUUUAAAAAAUAUCGGAUUUUUGUUGGGAUGCACCGAAUCCAGGAUUCGGUUUAGGAUUCAGGCUUUUUCAGCAGGAUUCGGAUUCUGCCAAAUCCUUGUGCCCAAAUCCGAAUCCUAAUUUGCAUAUUUAAAUGAGGGGGGAGUUAAAUUGCAUGACUUUUUGUCACAAAACAAGGAAGCAAAUUACGAUUCGGAUAUUCGGCCAAAUCUUUCGGAAAGGAUUCGGGGGUUCGUUCCGAAUCCAAAAUAGUGGAUUUGGUGCAUCUCUAGAUUUUUGUAAAUGACAGUUGCAGGAGAGAUUUAAAUGAUAGUAGUUAUUAGUAACAAACAGGGUUCAUAUCCACAUUGCUGGCUCCCUACUUGUGCAACCACAGAGUACACAGCAUGAGAGGUACAGUUGAACUGACCAUUUUACUACAGGAAUGAGAACUGUUAUCCAGGAACCCAUUAUCUAGAAAGCUCAAAAAUAAAGGGAAGCGAUCUUCCAUAAAGUCAAUUUUAACCAGACAUUGUUUUCCUUUUCAUCUAGUGAAAAUGUUACAGUUCGUUUUGUGCGAUUUUAUUGCUUACAAUUGUAUGACAAAAUUAUGGAACAGACGAAA